UAUGCUAAAAGUAAAACAAAACGCACCAUUUAAUUUUUUUUUUGCGCCAUUUUUUUCAAACUAUAACCUAACUAAAUUGUGUAGCCGCGUUUGUGGGAAUACCUUGUUCCGUAUCCGUGUUCCAUUUUUUUCGAUCGGGUAAUAUAAUUUUGACAGUUCAAUGAAAAUAUUUACGUGUCGUGACGUUUGUGAAAAACUUUUUGCGAUCGAAUAAGUUUUUAAAUAUAAAAGUAAUGGUUUAGCGACUGUUUUUUGUUUGAAAAAAAACUGUAAAAAGUCAUGUUGUGAGUGUGUGUUGUUGUGUUAUAAAUGUAAACCCUUGGAUUACAAUUUUGAGAUCCAUCAACUCUAAGCAUGAAGCACCAACAAAAAAAAAUUUAACAAAAAAAGUUUAAAAUAAUCACAAAUGACUGUAAAGAGGCCAGUAUUUACUUAAAUGUAGUUUUUUAACAGUAUGUGAUCCUCUCUAAAACUUCUUAGUUGAAGGCCAGUAAUGUAAUAUUAAGUUAAAAGUAGAAUGUUAAGUUAUGUUUCUACCAUGGAGCAUAUAUCACCGUUCCUUUAUCGCGACCACAGCAUGUGAAGUGAAGAACGCACUAAAGGAGUUUCAUGGUUUAUAUGGAUGAGAGGGAGGGCGCGGGGCGUCGUGGAGGCGCCGUGCUGCCCUCUACAAUGGAGGCUUGCGUGCCGCCGAUCCAGUUGGAACCAGUAGACCUGAGCCUCAAGCGACCACCUACUCCUAGAAGACGAGGUCGUACAGUUGGUGGAGUGAUUCCUACUUCAUCCAAAAUCACUAGGGAAGAAACCACAUCAACCGAACGAAUUUUUGACUCAAGUCACCAGUUGCCCAAAAUAAAAAUGGGCCCCGAUCUCAGAAGUGCGAGAAGACCGAAACAGUUAAUGAACAAACUAAAACCCCCACCAACGCAAACGCAGCCAACCCCUUUACCGACCCUAGAGCUAUCAAAACCUUACUUACCGCUAAUCCCUUUCAUCCCCCCUCACAAACCAACCACAGACGCUCAAAUCAAAUCAUUUCUUCUAAACACGGCGCUACAAAACGCUCUCUCAGACUCCCUAAAUCAAUUCACCCAACGAACAUCAAAAGACCUGAAGAAGAAUGGAGAAGAAUAUAGGAACAAUAACGAAGAUUCUCCAAAUAGGAGAAGACUGCAUAAGUGCGAUGUGGCCGGUUGUCAUAAGAUCUAUACGAAAAGUUCGCACUUGAAAGCUCAUAAAAGAACGCAUACUGGCGAAAAGCCGUACUCCUGUGGUUGGGCGGGCUGCGAGUGGCGUUUCGCCAGAUCAGAUGAGCUGACCCGUCACACUAGAAAACACACAGGCCAUAGACCAUUCACAUGUCCAUUGUGCAGACGAUCCUUUGCCCGGUCAGACCAUCUUGGAUUGCAUAUGAGGAGACACUGAUUUUACAAAAAAUAGGAUUGGGGAGUCUGACAUUAUAUGUACUUCAUUUUGAGUAGGUAGGCAUUUAACUAAAGGUGAACAAUCUUGAUACUUGCG